AUCGGCGGCCGGCAUUCGGUCGCAUCGCGUUCUCAUGUGAAAAUCAUAGUCGGCGGUUGCUCCGUGCCUCUCCUCGAGCGGGAAUCGAAACAAAUCGAUCAAUUGUUUAGAACCUUUUGACGAAAACCCACGCAAAACAAAACUAAAUGAAUCUAAAUUGAUUUCUCCAUACGGAAAUGUUCUAGAACGAAAUGCCAGCAAAUGGGAGAUAAAUCUAUUUUCCAUAUGUGCAAACAAUAAUAAUCAUUUUCAAGUGCAACAAUUGUGAAAGUGUGUGUGUGUAUGUGUGUGUGCAAUAACAAAAUACUAUAGAAAGAGAGAGCGCGAAAGAGAGAGAGAGAGGGAGAGGGAGAGUGCUCUCAUCAGCGAUCGCUGCGAAAGAAAUCUUUUUGCAUCAAAGUUACGGAUCCAAUUUCAAAGUCUUAUUUUCUCUCAUUUAUAAUACAACAAACAAAACAAGCAACAACAAUAAUACAAUAAUACCCCCGAAAAACCAUCGAAAAACAACAGAAAAAAACAUAGCAAAUAUCUCAUUUUUAAUGCAGCAGCAAAAAUAAGAGAAUAAGAAAAGGUAUUGCCACACAGAAGAAAGGCUGAACGGAAUAGAAGAGAAGAGUUUUAUUUCAAUGAAUUUGGCACAUUUUAAUUGAGUUUUCAAGUUGAAGUAAAAGAGCAUUCAAACACCUAGAAAACUGCACUCAAAAAGUGUUAUUAUUGUUUGAAUUGAUUGAACUGAAAAGCAAAAGCAACUGAAAAGGCAGAAGAAGCAAAUGCAAAAUAAUACACAUAAAUGCCUUUUCUUAUUCCUUAUCGUCACACGAUCAUCAAUCUUUAUGUAGAACGAAAAGCAAUUCGAAUUCAAAGUGCAUUCCAUUAGCACACAGUCGUCAGACCUUAUCGAAGCCACGAAUCAUCACUGAAGCGUCACCCACAACACUGGUACACCUCAUGAUCAUUGCCGACCAUUGCAAGACCAAGAAUCUAAUUUGAGUUUUCCCAAUGGAAGCGCACUGUUUUCAGAGUGAAAAUUGUCAGUGUCAAAAGUGAACGAACAGCAGUGUUGGCCAACAAUGCGCACAACUUUCAGCCGUGACCCAAUGUUCAUAUUGCUGGGCAGCAGAUGCAAUCACGUGCAACACAAGGAGGUGAUCACCUGAGUCAAAGUCUCUAGCCAACCAAAAAACAGUAUAAAGUUCCAGCUAAAGGAUCAUAUAAUCCACACAUCCCAGUGAUCAGGGAGCAGUGAUCUGUGACUGUAACCAUGUCGUCGGAUACGAAUUCGUGCGCCAGCUUCUUUGCACAGGAGCAUGCGAAUGCCACACUGUCGCAGUACUUUCAGCAGCUCAACUCUCAGGUGGCUGCCGCUGCGGCAGGCUCCAACAACAACAGCAGCAGUAGCAGCAGCGGUAACAGCAGCAGUGGCAACAACAGCAGCGGCAACAGCGACAGUGGCAACGAUGGCAGCCUUACGGGAUCCACGGGAACCCUGGAUAAUCAUCGCAGCAGCGUCAGCAGCAACGAUUCGGGCAAGAGCAGUGCAGGAGGCGGUGGUGGCGUUGCCAGUGCCAUCACCAGUGGCGUCAACGCCUGGGCAAUGCAACAGCAGCAACAGACGGCAGCCUUGCACCAUCACCAGCAGCAGCAGCAACAACAGCAGCAGCAGCAGCAGCAACAGCAACAGCAACACUUGCAACAGCAGCAGCAGGCGCAUGCACACCAGCAACAUGCUGCCGCCGUGGCUGCCGCCCACAUCCAGCAGCAACAACAACACACACAUCACGCCCAACAGCAUGCCGUCGCACAGCAGCAUCAGCACCAUCCCCAUGGACCGCCCCAUGGCCACCCACCACUCACCCACUCGCACCCGCAUCACACGCAGCAGCAGCAGCAGCAACAGCAACAACCACACCAUCACCAUCAGCAGCAGCAGCAGCAGCAGCAGGACACGCUGCCGUGCCGCGGCGACAGCCAUCUACAGUGCUACCUCCCGCACGGCGACAGUAAGAACUCCCUCAAUCUGUCAUACCUCCUGGGCGAGUCCUUCGCCAAGGUGGGCAGCCUCUCGAAGGCCUUCGAUGUCUACGAGCUGAUUGCCAGUCGGCAGCUGGACGGCCACGUGCCGCUCGACAAGCUGGGCACCCUGGCCAGCGCCCUGACCAACCACAUCCGCCAGAUGGGCGGCAUUGUCUCGCCCCUGAGCAGCCCCAGUGCCCGCACACAGGGCAUGAUGCCCCCCUGGCUGCACUACCAGCAGAGCACCAGCGAAGGAACGCCAGCAGGAGGGGGAGGAGCAGCAGGCGAGGGACUCGGACUGGGACUGGCGAGCGCCAUGGUACCCAGUCCCGCCCUGUCCGAGGACUAUGAUCCGCUCCUGUGUCCGCUCUGCGGCGACAUCCUCCGCUGUCCGGUGACCACCAAUUGCGGGCACACCUUCUGCCGGCAGUGCUGCGAGACCAUCACCCAGUGCAACAUCUGCCAGGUGAAGUUUCCCCGCGCCCAGGACGCCUCUCCGCGCGGCGGAGGAAUGCCCGCCACCUGCGCCCUGACCACCACGACGUCGAGCAGCGCCGGCUCCAGCUUCUACGCGGGAUUCGGUGCCGCGUCCACGCACCAGAGCCAGAGCCAGAGCCUCAGCCUCGCCAGCGCACCCAUGGGCUACGGCCUGCGGAUGGCCAGCCAGAUGGCCGCCGCUCCCAUGACAGUGACCACCACCACAGUGGCCUCCACCACAGCGACAGCCACGACCACCAUGGCCUCCACAUCGGCAGCGGCCGCGGCCGCGGCCGCCGCAGGCAUCAUCAGUGGCUAUGUCUCGGGCGGCGGCUCCUCCUCCGCAAUGAAGUUCAUGCCGGAUGUCCUGGUGCGACGCCUGGUGGAGAAGUGGUGGGGUCCCGAUCUGCAGGCCAAGGAGAUCAGCGAGAAGGCCAGCAGUUGCAUGCACCUCAACCUCCUGGACGAAGCGCUCAAGUUCUGCAAUGCAAGCCUCGACAAAGCACCCACGAACUUGAAGUGCCUCUGUCUGCGGGCGGAAGUGCUCCUCAAGCUGAAUCACUAUCAGAGUUCGCUGGCGGACAUUGAGAAUGCUCUGAGGACGCGCUGCACAUCGCCCAAGGCACAUUACUUGCGGGCCUUGGCUCUAAGUGGUCUGGGCCGACUGGAGGAUGCCCUGUACAAUGGCUUUUUGGCCAUUUGCCUCGACAAGAAUAAAAAUCUCAGCAACUCGGAAAUAUUUCAACAUGAUCUCGCCAAGAUACUGCAACGUCUCCUGGCCCAAAUGCCCAAGAAUCGAGUGGCGAUCGGUCAGGUGACGCCGCCGGUGGUCCGCAGCUAUGCCACCAGCAGACCUCCCUAUCCCCUGCUGUGGGAGCAGGUGCGACGCCGCAGGAAACAGCUGCUCCACCAUCACCACCUGCACCACCUGCACCACCACCACCACCACCAUCAUGUGCAUCUGGACGAUGUGGAGGACGAGUUCGGGCACUACGACAACUACAUUAUGGCUGGGGACGAGAUGGAGAUGGAGGAGGAGGUCGAGGACCCCUCCCUGAUGGAGGCCAGAGAUCCGAGUGCCAUGCACCUGGAUGGAGACUUUCUGUUCCCCAGCGCCCUGGACUUUAUGCACCACGAUCGCCACCAGCGCCACGUGUACGAGCAGAAGCAGUUCGAUCUGCAGCCGCGUCGCCACGGUAACAGGAAGCACUGCAAGCGGAAAUGGUCAGCGGCCAUGGAACCCCUCGGAGGCGAGGCCAAUCAGGAGGAUGGUGUGGAUCAUGUGGAUCAUGCGGCCGCGGAGGCGGAAGAGAGUCGCAGGUGUAGUCGACUAUUUGCCAGCGUCCUCGAGCGCACACAACAGGAGCUGCAGCGACUGAAAAAACUCGAAGGAUCGCUGCAGGCGCAGGCGCUCACGGCAGUGGCCGAUCGACUGCUGAUCGAUGCCAGCGACUUUGACUGCGUCCUGUGCGGCCACACGCUGUGGAGGCCGGUGGUGACGCCCUGCGGCCACACCUACUGUCUGGUAUGCUUGGAUCGUUGCAUGGAUUACAAAACCUCCUGUCCAUUGUGCUUGUCGCCACUUGUGGAAUUCAAUGUCAAUGCCAGUGCCAGUGCCAGUGCCAGUAACAAUUCCAAUGGGAAUGCCAAUGCCAAUGCCAGUGCCAGUCAAAGUCAAACUCAAACAUACAGCAAUCUGUAUCAGGGCUCAUCCUCGCCCGUACCCUUUGCGCUGGCCAAGCGGCCAGUGACCAAAUUCCUAGAAGCCGCAAUGAAACGAUUCAUUCCAGACCACUACGAGGCGCGCUUUCGCCAGGAAAUCGACGAGGAGCCCUCGGUGCCGGUCUUCAUCUGCACUGCGGCCUUCCCCUCGGUCCCCUGUCCACUGUUCGUCUGCGAGCCACGCUACCGACUGAUGGUGCGGCGAGCCGUGGAGUCCGGCGACAAGACCUUCGGCAUUGUCCAGCCGAACAGCAGCAAGUCCCGCUACUACGACGUGGGCACCAUCCUGGACAUCCGCGACUGCGUCCAGCUGAGCGACGGCCGCUCGAUCCUCAGCACCAUCGGGUGCAAGCGCUUCAAGAUACUCGCGCGCAACGAGAAGGACGGCUAUGAGACGGCCAAGGUGGAGUACAUCUGCGAUGAGCCCAUAGCCGCGGAGCAGGUCAAGACGCUGGCCAGCAUGCAGGGCCUAGUACUGGCCAAGGCCGUCGGCUGGUUCGAGAGCCUCAGCACCGAGCAGAAGCACGAGAUCCUGCAGAGUUAUGGCCAGAUGCCAGCCCUCGAGACGAACUGGGAGCUGAUCAGCGACGGCCCCGCCUGGGCGUGGUGGAUCAUUGCCCUCCUGCCGCUCUCCCAGCAGCUCAAGGUGGACAUUCUGGCCACCACUUCGCUGGAGAAGCGGCUGAGAGCCAUCGAAAAGACCCUCGACUUGCUGCACGAUCUCAGCCAUCCGCAGCAGGAGCCGCACCACCACCACCACCACCAUCAUCACCAUCAGCAGGCGCCACAGUCGCCCCAGCAGCCGCACGACCUGAGUGGCCUGGCUCUGGACUGCGAGGAGCAGGACACGGCCUCAGCAGCAGCGGACGAGUGCUGCCUCUAUGCGGAGGCCGCCGUCACUGAACCUCACACAGACGAAGAGCUGCUCCUCUAGGGCAGUCGAAAUCAAUUGAUGUAUAAGCUUAGCCAUAAGAUAUGUCUGUAUUUAGUAAUAGGAAGAAUGAAGAGGCAGGCAGUAGGAGCGAGAAGAACAUUGUAAAUACAUACAUUGUGUGUCUAAAGCCAUUUCGUCGUUACAUGUUAAUCCUAGGGGCCAAAACCGAAAGCGAGACAACUUUAGAAGAACCAAAACUAUCACUAGAUCAGCAACAUAAUCGAUAGAUGUAUAGAUCCUAUAAGUGCAUGAUGUGUACACACAACAAGUCUGUAUAGAAACCCUGAGCCCCUGAACACCAACAACCCCAAGAAACCAGUGAAACAAUCAAAAGUUUGCUCUUGGCCCAAACCCAUAGUCCCUUCCGCCAACAGGUCCACCCCUCUAGACGUACUCUUCGACAACAAAAACCACAUUCCACAAGUCUUUCAGAUGCGUUUGCCAUAGCAAGAGACACAUGCAUACAGGUGGAAGGUCUAACGUGUAUUGUAGUGUGUAAUCUUUAACAGACAAAACUCAUGGUUUCUACAAACAAAAUACACAAAUUUUAACUAAAUGCUAAAUGAAUACUAAAUAUUUAGAAAACCCACAAUUCAAAGGCCAACAAACAUACACAGAAAACAGAAGAACACAACCAAGAAACUUCAACGUUCGAGAAUCGUCAACUCUUUCUUCAUUUACUUCUUGUAAAAAGCGGCUGGAACUCUAAGACAAUCUGCAAUAUUUUUUUGAUAUACCUAAAAACAAA